CCCGCGAGCUCCCCUCUGACUCCCCUCUGACUCCAGGCCGGUCUCUGUGAGCCUGUGAAGCUUCAAUUACUUUAAUCACAGUCCCACAUCCUUCCGAGUUCGUCAAAUAGUCAACUAUGACGUCCUCGUUACCGGGCAACCGCGACCUGCCCGUCUCCCAGUUCGAUCUCAGCACCUACUGGGGACGCGUGCAACAUUCGGCCAACAUAUCAGAUCCUAGAACAUUACUUACGUCCUCCGCUGGCCUCGAAAAUGCGAAACAGCUCGUCACUGCGUAUAGGACGGGGAGUGUACGAGAGAUGACACCGGAGCUGUGGAAUGCGAAGAAGAUAAUCGAUUCUACGAUACACCCAGAUACUGGACAGCCUGUCUUCCUGCCAUUCCGCAUGUCAUGCUUCGUGCUUACGAACCUGGUCGUCACGGCUGGAAUGCUUACGCCAGGCCUCGGGACGGCAGGAACUCUAGGAUGGCAGGUCACGAAUCAGUCGCUCAACGUUGCCAUAAACUUCUCGAACGCGAACAAAUCGACCCCGCUAUCGACAUCUACAAUCGUCCAGUCAUACUUCCUCGCGGUCAGCGCAUCAUGCGGUGUUGCGCUAGGUCUUAAUGCCCUCGUGCCCCGAUUGAAGAGCCUUUCGCCCAAUGCAAAGAUGAUUGCUGGCCGUCUUGUACCUUUCGCAGCUGUUGCUACGGCGGGUGCUCUCAAUGUUUUCCUUAUGCGCGGCGAGGAGAUUCGACAGGGUAUUGACGUCUUCCCUGUGUUAUCAGACGAAGAGAAACACAAGAUCGAGACUGGGGACCUUGAGAUCAAGUCACUCGGCAAGAGCAAAAAGGCUGCCACGCUCGCCGUCGGAGAAACAGCUAUAAGCCGUGUGCUCAACGCAACACCGAUCAUGGUCCUGCCACCUCUUCUUCUUGUCAGGCUGCAGAAGACAGAGUGGCUUAAGCAGAGACCUAGAAUGGUGACGCCGGUGAAUUUGGGACUCAUUUUCACAACAUCAAUCUUCGCACUACCACUUGCGCUUGCACUUUUUCCCCAACGCGAGGCUGUGAGUGCGAAGAGGUUGGAGCCUGAAUUUCACACCCGCGGGGGCAAGGAUGGGAUGGUAGAAUUUAACCGUGGCAUAUGAUGGACGGCUAUCAACUGUAGGGAGAAGGCCUAUAAUUAUGCGACAAGCUGCUGCUGUCUGUAGGAGUUGUUAGGCGGACCAUUGGACACGUUCAGCAAAGCCACAAAUUAGAAAGCUCAACGGAAGUUAAAGAGUUCAGGAGCUCAUCGUCAACGCUGGAGAUGCGGAGAAGUUGAGGUUCCUGAUGCUCUGAUUGGUCAGAUCGCUUGCGUGGGAUCUUGAGAGCUGCAUGAACAGCAGAACUCCAGCCGUAAAUAAGAACAGAUAUUUUUCAAUUGCUCACGAGGGGUCC